CGCUGCCUACUUACAUUCACAUACACUAACACAAUCUAAAGUACAGGAGACACAAUGUAUACCUUAGUGACGGUAGCAACGGUGGUUGCCUUGAUAUUUUCUGUAUCAGGGCAACGGUAUCAACAGAUAGAUGAUUAUUCCGAUUACCAAGCACCCAGACCAGCUCAUCCAACCCCAAGAAGUUACCCAUCAGAUGCAGCACCGGCAAGACAACAAGCAGCAGCACCUGAUAGUCCAAAACCAACGCCAGUUGCUAUACUGAAACAAAUCAACAGACACAACGAGGACGGUUCUUACACGUAUGGUUUUGAAGGUGCUGAUGGAUCAUUCAAAAUCGAAACGAAAUUACCGGGUGGCGAAGUUAAAGGAAAAUAUGGAUUCGUCGAUGACACUGGAAAGGUACGAGUUGUGGAAUACGGUGCAAAUCAGUAUGGUUUUCAACCAGCUGGCGAAGGUAUCACGGUGGCACCGCCGACUUUGGUGGAUGAAACUACGGGCAAGGAUGGACUCCAAGCACAAAAUUAUCAGGACUACGAUUAUCAACAAGCUGCGAGACCUCAACAAGCACCACAACCUCAACAAGUUAUUCCACGUCAACCCCAAUAUCAACCACACCCACAAUCACAACCCCAAUCACAUACCCAAGCUGUCUAUGCACCAGCACAACAGGCACCCUCACAGCCAGCCUUACCACCGAAAUCACCAAUUUUCUCCCCAUCGAUUCCUUCUUCUCGUCAAUCACCAUUGCUCCAACAUUCCUAUGACGAACCCUCACCGCAAUCUCAGGUUUACAAUCAAGGUCCCGCACAAUUUGCCCCAGCUCCGGUCCAGGAACGCGGCCAACCUCAAACCCGCAGUCAAAGUGGCGGAAUACUCGACCAACUUGCCAGAGAUUAUGCUCUACCGCAAGGAGUAGCACCGCCAUUACACGAUAUCAGCUUCGGUUAUUACUAGCUCGUCCUAAUCUAAUAAUAAUCAUCAGAUUUUAUGUGACUGACAGAUAUCAUACAGUGCAUUAUCUU